CUGCCACCUGAAAAUACACUCAUAUGCAAAACGGGAUCACAUAUUCUGAACUGGGUCUUUCAACAAACCUCAGGAUGCACAUGCCCAUGAUUCCUUGACUCCAGUCAUUGGUGGGACAUGCUGCUAAUGCACCACAUUUCCCCUUCCUGCUUCCCUGGCCCAUGUUCCCUGACAGCAUGUAUGCUAAGGUAGUGUAAAGAUGAUGUAGACCGAAACAGAGAUGGAGACGAGCGGCGGAGAAUCCAGUCCAGUCCAUCGCGGCCGGAAAGCAGAACUUCCAUUGCAUGAUGGGACGGGACGGGACGCUAUUAUGUACGCUAGGUACAGCAAUGCAAAAAAUCGACCACGCUGCUCUCCACUCCGAGCAACAAGCACAUCUCCAUCUCUCAUUCAUCCCUCUCCACGCCCGCCCGCCUGCGGACCCGCCAAACGGCCCCGACCACCGCCGUUCGUUCAUUCGGUUCGGGUGGCACGGAUGGGAAAGGGGUUGCUGGGUGGAGUCGAGUUCAUCGUUCGGGAGGGGAUCGGCUGUACCCGUCCCUGCCGCUGUGGUUCCGCUCUUUCUUUUCUUCCAGUUCGGGCUUGGAAACACUGUGGAGGUCUUCUUUUUUCCUUCGAGUCUUGCUGAUGAUCUCGUCUCCAUCAUGACUAAUUACAUGAUUGAUUGUCGUUCUUACCAAGUUGCAUUGCGAUUGUCAAUGUCAAACGGACAUGAGGCUACAUACGAGGCGCGAGGCGGGCCGUCGCUCGUUGGUGAUGAAGGCUCGUCGACGAUUCUCGUGCUUGGGCAGACGACUUUCGGACACCCAAGACGAAAUGAGGCAGGCAGGCUUGCUGAAAACCAUCAUAUCAUAUGUACCCGGGAUGUGCCAUGGAAAGCUUUACUUCUGGUGUUGAUCAGGUGUUCGAUAUCAUCAGCACUGGCGCCCGCGAAUGGCUUGUUGACCUCGUCAUUCUCAAGUCCCGUGCUUGUUCGUUCUGUUCAUCUGUGGUCACUGCAGUGCACUUUGACACAGAUUGGUCACUGAGGUCAUCGUGACCUAGAUCUUCAUCCGUGCUCCAAGGUGUUUCUGCUUUCUGACCAGGGCCUCCUUUGAAAACUAAACUACGGGAAAUACCAAAGCUUCACAUUUGUCAACCUCAUGGAUCUCGCUGUUUCGCAAGCAAUCUUUGUAUGAAUU